CCUCUUCUCCCAAGCACUUCACGACCAGCUACACUUCUACCCAGCACCAUCUCAGUUCACCAUGUCGGCUACGAAGGAUAAGUCCAAGGUUCACAAGCUGUCCCUGAAAGGAUCGGCGAAGCUGGUGGCCGAAUUCUUUGAAUACUCUAUCAACUCGAUUCUCUUCCAGAGAGGUGUCUACCCCCCGGAGGAUUUUACAACUGUCAAGAAAUAUGGCCUUAAUAUGCUAGUUACCGCCGAUGACCAGGUCAAAGCCUACAUCAAGAAGAUCAUGUCGCAAUUGAACAAGUGGAUGAUGGGUGGCAAGAUCUCCAAGCUUGUUGUGGUUAUUACGGACAAGGAGACUGGUGAACACGUGGAAAGAUGGCAGUUUGACGUGCAAAUCUUCGGAAAGCAAUCCAAGAGCCAGUCAUCCCGUGCCUCUGGCGACAAGGAGAACGCAACCCCUGGUGACAAGGACCCCCAAGCCGCUACCCCCAUCGAGAAGACCGAAAAAGAAAUCCAAGACGAAAUCCAGGCGAUCUUCCGUCAAAUCACCGCAUCUGUCACCUUCCUACCGGUCCUAGACGGUGACUGCACGUUCAACGUCUUAGUCUACGCCGACGCCGACUCGGAGGUCCCCGUGGAAUGGGGCGACAGCGACGCCAAAGAGAUCAAGAACGCGGAGAAGGUGCAGCUUCGAAGCUUCAGCACGAACAACCACCGCGUAGAGACACUAGUCAGCUACCGUCUUGCUGAUUAGCUGCGUUAAUUCAGGUGUUACAGGAGGCGUUACGGACGAGAGGACAGGAAUUGUUGAUUCGGGAGCAUUUCGGGCAUUUCUUCACAUCAUGUAUUCUGACACUUCUUUCAUAGCAUUGCUCCAAUGACUAAUGAACUGCAUCUUACAACUAAC